AUGUUAGCUUCAACUAUAGUUAACGCAAGACUAAAUCUAGGACGUUAUGGUUUGUCAACAUUAAUUGUGCUCGGUAAUGUGGGCAAUAUUUUAACGAUCCUUAUAUUUAUACGAACAUUAAGAAAGCAACUGAAUUCAUGUACAAUUUAUUUGUUAGCUGCUUCAAUUACAAAUUGGAUUUUGGUUAAUACCUCACUUAUCUCGACAGUUUAUGGUGUUGAUCAUGUUGAUCCGCAGCAUACAUCAAUUAUUGUAUGCAAAUUAAGAUGGUAUGGUGGACAAAUAUUAUUAAUGCUUUCACGAAGUUUCAUGAUAGCUGCAUGUAUUGAUCGAUGGGCUGCGACUUCUUCAUCUGCUAGAAUUCGAUUAUUUUGUCAACCAAAGAUUGCUCGUAACGUUAUCAUCGGUCUUAUAUUGAUUUGGCCAAUCAUCCCAGUUCAUAUGGCUAUUUUCAUCAAUAAUUAUUCUGGUCACUGUGGUGCACCUUCUUAUUAUGCUUUUGCAUUUUCUAUCUAUUUAUUUAUUUUUAUUGGAAUUCUUCCACCAGCUUUUAUGAUUUCAUUUGGUGUAUUAACCUGGCAUCAUUUGAAGCAAAUCCGAUCACGAGUUGCACCUACUAAUGAUCCUACUCGAUUUCGUUUGCACAAAGCUGAUCGUGAUUUGAUAAAAAUGUUAGCUGGUGAGGUAUUGGUCUAUUUAGUUACUACAGUUCUUUAUCCUGUUAAUACACUUUAUGGUUUUAUCACAACACCUAUUGCACAGCAAAAGAGUGAAAUUCGAUUAGCUGUUGAAGCACUUGUCGGAUAUAUAGUUAGUCCAAUACUGAACUAUAUUUAUUGCGUGGCUCAAUUCUACGGUAGAAUCUAG